AUGGAGCCCGACAACGGUCUUGUCUUCGUGAACGUAGUCCAUCCCGAUGAAAUUCACACGAAAGACAUGCAGCGAACAAUCCGGAAGCGCGUCAUGCGCGACAUUGGUCGCUCGCGACGAAGACAGAAACGCCCCCCGGCCCUGACAUUCGCCUGGCAACCGACCAGUAUCUCCCCUGCUCUAUGCCUAGAAUCAAAUCCGUUGCCCGUGGAGCUAGUCCCGCGAGCUCGCGAACUGAUUCACUUCAGUAUGAACCUCACCGACCCUCAUCUCUCAUUCAGAACUAACCGAUAUGCAGUGCACGCCGAAGCCGACUAUCAAUAUCGCCCAUUCCGAACAGUCUGGUUCACCAUGUCUCUGCAUGACCAUAGCGCCUUCAGGCUGGCCAUGGCCAAUGCGGCUAUGUUUCUGGAUGAGAAGCACCACCCCAAGACCUUCCGCUACGAGCACUGCCAUGAAGCGCUGAAGUACUACGGCCAGUGUGUUCGCCAGAUCACAGACCGGCUUGCAGAUCCAACAGACUGUACCAGCGAGGGCGUGGUCACCACAAUCCUCGGACUGAUCUGCCACGAUGUCUGUUCUUCGCACUCGCUUUAA